AUGACGAUCAACUUCGUUGAGAAGCUCGAUGAUGCCCUCCUCCGUGCUGCGAAGGAAUUGUUCCUCAGAUUCCUUGGUGGUUUGCCAGCAUCUGAAGAACCGCAGAAGCACGCCGACGAACCGCAGAAGAACGCCAAAGAACUCCAGGAGAAGCCCGGGCAACUCGAGAAGGAGGUCGAUAAUUUCUCAUCGGAAAUUGAAGAUGAACAGUUCACGCCUGCAGAGAUCCAAGAGGCUCUCCUCCCUAGUGACACAGCGUAG